AUGACCAAGGCUCCCUUCUCAGUAGAAUGGCUUUCCCAGAGCAGCCAGGCCAGCACGCACGCCCAGAGCACGCCAGAAGCCAAAGAGGCCGCCCCGUCCGAGGCCGGCCAGGCCCAGCAGGGCAAUUCUCCGGCCAGGGAGAAGAGCCCGAGCGAGGGCAAGCUGGUCCCCCGGGCGCAGGAGCCGCCUCCGGAGCCUCUCCCUCCGCUCCAGAAGAACAGGCCUCCCUUGCCUUCGUCGUCCACAGCUGCUUCCAAAAGGGCGUGGAGCACUACGGAGUGUGGGUCCGACGGCGAAGGAAGCUUCUCCGAGUGCCAGACCCCAGAGGACGGCGGAGGCCGAAACGCGAAUAGCCGCCGUUUGCGCACCGCUUUCAGCUUGGAACAGAUCAGCACCCUGGAGAGCUCCUUCAAACGGCACAAGUACUUGGGAGCCGCGGAAAGACGCAAACUGGCCAGCAAAAUGCAACUCUCUGAAGUACAGAUCAAGACAUGGUUCCAAAACCGUCGGAUGAAGCUGAAACGUCAGCUUCAGGAGAUGAGGCCAGAGCCCUCCUUCCAUGGUGUACCAUUUUAUAGUCACAUCCCUUUUGGAUCUCAAAGUGGUCCCUUGUCCUAUGUUUAUUCACCACACCAACAGACUUUCAGCAGGAGGGAAUCUUCUGCUAUUCCUUCUGGGAUUCCUUUCCCUCCAAUGCCACCUCCUAGCCUGGAUCCCAGAAACACCUCUGGAGGACAACCAGGUGCUAUCUGGCCAAUGCCUAUUCCCUACUUUGUGGGGUACCAAGACCCGAGAACAGUGUUCAUGACUCUCUGA